GAUUGUUUCACAGAUAUUGUUUUGAGAGAAAAAACGAGCGUCAAGAAAAGCAAGAGGAGGUGAAACAAGGACAAUGGCGAGCGUGGAUAUUGUUUAUGAGCAGGUCCACUUCAGACAUGACCCGAAGUGGAGCGUCCGCCUGCGGCCGGCGGAGGGCGGCGGCCCGCUGCUCUGCGUGGCCUGCGCCAUUGAAAUGAUGGAGACGGCAGAAAUGGCCUCGGUGAGGAAGUGUUUCGCCUUGUCGAGCAUAAGCGGCGUCCUGAAGAGCUCUGCGGGGGUUUUGAGGGAGCUGUUCCGACAGGACCACAGAGUCACUCUGCACUUCAUCGCCACAUUGUUAGGAAUGCUCCAAUCGGAGGAGGAAGCGGCCACCGUGGAGAAGGUUGACCAAGUGCUGGUUCAGCUGCUCCAAGAGUUUCAGAACGAGCUGCCGUUCCACUUUGUGCUGGACGAGGUUCACAAACAGCUGAAUAGCCAGCUUAGUGUGAAGCGUUUUCUGCCUACACUCAACUUCCUGGGGAACCUUUUGAACGCCGUCCCCAACGUGGCCCUCAGCCUUCUCUCUCAGUACGUGCCCUUGUUGGAUCACCUGUUCACAGCUUUGGUGUAUCCAGACGAAGCGCUGAGGACUUCGGUAGUGUACGCUUGGCAGCAGCUGCUGCAGACAUCUGGAGACACGGGGGCACAGUAUCUUCCCGUUGCCACAAGGGACAGAUUAUGCACCUUGUUUUUGCAGACUUUUAGCAACGCUAGCUCAGCUCAGCUCAUUAAAAACUGCGCCGGCCUGCUCUGGCAGCUAGUCAGGUUAGAGGACGCCGUGUCAGUUCUGAUGAGCAGCUCAGGGAGUCAGCCCUUGAGCAAUGCGAACGAGGACAUCCUCACCAACAACAGCCAGACCCUCAUCCAAGACCAAGAGCAACAGCCUGCCGACCAAAGCCUACUGCCUCUUUUGUUGAAAAAGUUGCUGUUGAGUGGUGAUGAGAUGCUACAAGUGGCCAGUGCGAAGAGCAUUACUGCCAUUUUGGUUCAUUCUCCCAGUCAGUACUGCGCUCUCUGCAUCAAGGCUGACUUAUCAGGUUUUCUUUUUGAUCGGCUGGCCAGCAGCAGUAAUGAGAUGUUGCUGUGGUCUGUCUACAGUUGUUUGUUGUUACUGACUGAAGAACCACUUUUCUUCUCCCAAUGCCACUCUGUAUAUGGUAUGGACUCCCUGGUGCGCAGUCUUAAGGAGGCUGUGCAGCUGGCCAAUCUGGAAGUCCCACAGCAAGGUUUUCUGCUCCUCACUGAAGUACUUAACAGACAGCCACCAAGCAUACAUCUGUUCCCCAGUGGAUCCGGGUUUGUGGCGGUAUCAGAGGCUGUGAAAGCUGGUGUCUCCUCCUCCUGCCUGCUAGUAGCUGCACAAGCUGUCAAAGCUGCAACUGCUUUGUUCAGAGUCAACCAUCAGCCCAGACCAGUUCAGUACCAAGAGGUAGAGGGACUGAUUGAGGCUAUCACCAGUAGGCUCUCUGAGCUAAUUCUGCCUUCCUCUUCUCAUCAGCGAAGCACGGAGGAGAAACGAAUGUCAGAUUCCAGCAGCCAGACCUUUCGGUCCAAAGGGUUUCUGCUCCAGGCUCUGGUCUGUUUUCAGGCAGCCUGCAGGCUUGCAGAGGAGUGUGCGUCAGAGCCUGUUCUGAUGAAGAACCCCUUCACAGCCCCUUAUAAACACGGCGAUGGAGAGAAUCCACUGGGAUCUCUCUGCCAAUGUCUGCUGCGCUGCUGUGAUUCUGUGUGGAUACCAACUGUGCUUAAAACAAUUAAAGGUCCACCUAGUGCCCAGAUGCUGGAGCCUCUCUACUCCAUCCUUGGUUCGCAGUUUGUCCUUCUUCCAUCUUUAAUGCCACAGUUUGCAAAAAAACUAGUGUCUUCUGGUUUCUAUCGGCUGGCUGUGGAGCAUAAAGCCCUCCUCUGUGCAGGAAACAGGAACCCAAAUCUGAAUGCAUCUUGCUGUGGUUUUCUGCAGAAACUAAGCAUGUGUCUACUCUUCCAGUCAGACCCUCCUUGUGGCUCCUACCAGGAUUUUGAGGAGGUGGAAAAUCUUCUGCGGUGCAACCUUUCCUCUCUGUGCUGUCAUCUGUCAGAGUGGCCGUCUCUGCUGUGUGAAUAUCAAGAACCGAGGGCUGUUCAGUAUUGUCUGGUGAUGAUACUUUACCUGGCUCUAAAGCAAGGAGACAGGCUGCUCCCAGAUCAGACGGUGUUCUCCAGCGUGAUGGUGCUGCUGCAGUCGGUGCAGGAGCAGGGCAACUGUGUCAUUCCCCGCUCUGUUCUCCGCUCUGCCCUCUACUUGCUGGCAGUGACCCAGGACAGGAGUCCCAGUCUCGACGAGGCUCAUUUGAACUACAUCAGCAAGGCGCUCGCCUCCUGCCAGAGCUUCUCCUCCCUCUACAGUCACCACCCUGCACUCCUCCACUUCAUCUGGCGCUAUCCGGAACUAGCAGAACUUUUUGGAGCCUCCGUUUUGGAGCUGUGGUUGGCCAAUAAAUCACAGACGGAUGGAAGGCAGAACACGGCAGAUGUGCAGAAGAGGGAUGAAAAGAGAGAAAACCAAACACAGCAGCAGGAUCAGGAACCAGACUUAGAAACCUCAGAGCUGCUGGUUCUUUUGGAGAAGAACCCAAAAGUCAUCCUUACCCUCUUGGACAUGGCUGUCAGCGGAGAAGCUCCUCUUGCAGAGCAUGUCCUGGAUGUGCUAAGGACUCUUUUGCUUGGACAAAGAGAGUUUGUGGCAGAUUUGUGCACAAGUCUUAGACCAGCCCUGCUGCAAGUUUUGCAGCGGAUCAGUGUGGACAACAUGGCUAAUGGGCUGGGACAAGCUCACGCUGCAGCAGCCAAGUCACUCCCCGUGGUGCUGAAGCUGCUUUGUCUGACGCAGACCAGUGACCCGUCCUCACCUUCCAUCUACAGUAAUAUGGAAGGAGUGCACUUCAAGCUGCUCUACCACGUGAGUAGUAUAGGUGGGAUGCUGAAGCCGACUGACACAGAGAGCCUGCUGCCUGCCUUCAACUUCUUGCAGUGUUGCCUGAGUCUGUCCCCAGCGCACAGCAGCGACAGAGCUGUCUCCAUGCUGCUCUCCAACAGUGGGCUGAUGGACCAGCUGCAGACAGUCAUCUCCUCCUCCUCCUCCGCUGCUCCGUCCCCCCCUCCGUCUGCCUGUCCUCCUUUGGCUCUGCUGUGCUGCGGCCAUCUACUCCUAUCCACCCUCAUUACCUUGCAGGGCAUUCACUCCGCUCAGGUUCACAAGAGUAUUAUUUGGAGUCUGGACACAGCUGUGCAGCGACUGUUUUGCCAAAAAAGAAACACAGACAAUCUCUUGAUGGUCAGCUACCUGAGGAUGCUGCAGGCUUUGCUUGAUGUUGACCUGGCGUCACCACUGGUGUGUUUGAGCACCGGUCCUGGACUAGUUGGGCCCAGGCCUCUGGAGGCUGAAGAUGGAGCGUUGUACCCACUUGGCUCCACUGGGGCCCAGUGCCUCCUAACUGCUCUCAGUGGUCUUCUUAUGCAGAAACACGAGUUGCUCCUGAGAACCUCAGUCAACUGUCUAAGCUCCCUGCUGGGCUUUCUUAAAAGAAAGAAUCCCGCUUCAGCCAAGCAUGCGGUGUGUCUGCCUUGGUCGCGAUUCCUCCUGUACUGCAAGCUCAGCUCAGGAGAGAAAGGCCUUCUGCACCCCGCUCUGCUCAGAUUCAUCACACUUCUGUUGCAGUACAGCAGCACAGCCGUCCCGUGGGAGCCGGACCUGCUCCAUGUGAUUGAUACCGUGGAGAGCACGGGGAUAAAGGAGCUCCACCGUGAGGCGGCGCGGGCUCUAAGGUUGCUUCUCACACAGAUCCAGAGCGGCGUUCCUGUACCUACAGCGGCUCACAAGCAGAGAGUGAGAAAACUGAUGGAGUCUCUUGGCCCACAGACAUCUGCUGAGAACUGCAGCGAGGGGGGGUCCAAUGUUUUACAUGUUGGAGAUGUGUCCCUCUGUCUGAGAUCUCUCUGAAGACAGGCUGAUCCAUCGAUUUUUGAGCUUUCCCCUUUCCCAUCUCUUUGAUUCCUGUGUUCUUUCUGUCCAUGUUCGUCAUGACACUUGUUUUGUGUAACAGCAGCAGAGCGAACUGGGAUUACGGUUCAUAUCUGAGCCGGUGUUGGAGAAGAAACUGUGCAGACGGGAAGGUCUUUACUGUCAGGAGGAGCAGAUGUUGGUGCCGCUCCUGAGAGAGCAAGAAAUGUCACAGUAGAACAGAAAAUGUGCUCGGUGACAUUUUUCUACUACGCUACUUGUAUUCUCUGGUGGAGAGUUGUUUGGAUGUUCUUAGAUGACAAAUAAACUGUUGUUCGCUGUGCCAUUAAAGCACCACUGUUGUCGUUUCUGAAUGAUAAUAGAGCCACCCUCUUCAGCGGUGCACCUCUGCAGGGCCUCACAAAAGUAUUCAUCCUGCUCUCUGUUCUGCAGAGGUUAAAGAUUAUUGUAGUCAUGUGAAUGAAGGACAAUUUGGUGAUACGGUGUCUUGCAGAAGUAUUC